AUGGAAAGUAACAAGGACAAAGCUAUAAAAUCAAUAGGUAUUGCCGAGAAGAAAAUCUCAGAGAACGAUUACGUAGGCGCCAAGAAAUUCGUCAACAAGGCUGAGAAUUUGUAUCCAAAGCUCGAUGGAUUGAAACAAGUGUCGAUGAUGAUCGAUGUCUACAUCUCUGCAUCAGACAAGAUCAACAGAAAAGGAGAAGCUGAUUGGUAUGGAGUUCUUGGUGUUGAUCCUUCGGUUACUGAUGAAGAUUUGAAAAGACAGUACAAGAAGUUAGCUCUUUUGCUUCAUCCUGACAAGAACAAGUUUACUGGCGCAACCGAGGCGUUUAAGCUGAUCUCAGAAGGUUGGUGUCUGUUGUCUGAUAAGGCUCAGAGAUUUUCUUAUGAUCUGAAGAGGAAACCAACAGAUAUGGAGAGUGGAAUGUACCAGAAAGAACCAAAGCGACACAAGACAGACUUUUCAUGGAAUAAGCCGAAACAUGAGUAUGAUUAUGAGUCUGAGUCUGACCCUGAGACUGAGCCUGAGCCUGAGCCUGGUUUUACAUGGAAUAAGGCCCAAUAUAAGCGUGAGCCAGAUUUUUCAUGGAAUUAUGUGAAAGCCGGUACCUUUUGGACAAAGUGCGAUAGAUGCAACACAUAUUGUCAAUUUGAAAGUGACAGUGCUUAUCUUAAUGAGACGGUAUCUUGCCCAAAUUGCAGACAGGAUUUUGUUGUAACCGAGAUAGAACUAGAGGAGAUCGGAGGGAGGCGAGUCAUCAGGUUCAAUAAAAGCAGAACUGAUACUUCUUCUUCUUCUUCUUCUUCAAGUACUUCAGCAUUUGAUAGCACAACCCUGCAGAAGAAAGAAUGA